UGGCUCAGAGAGGGCCGCUGCCCCGCGGGGAGGCAGGCCGGGCUGCGCGGGCCGGCGGCGCCGGGCCCACCCGCGAGGCGGGCGCCAUGGAGAGGGCCCACGAAUGCUCCAGCGCCUUCGUGAGGGAGGCGCGCGCCGCCCUCGAGUUCUCUCUGACCACUUCAUAUGGAAGCAGGCCAUCUUCUUCGCCGAGCGCCUAGUAGCGGAGUGCCCGUGCGAGGAGAUGACGUACCUGCUGGCGCUCGCCUAUUUCCACAACCAGGAGAUCAGCCGCGCCCACUGGCACCUGCAGGACAGCCGGUCGCCCGAGGCCAGGUACUUGUUGGCGAGGUGUUGCGUGCUGCUCCAGAAGCUGGACGAGGGGGAGGCCGCGCUGAUGAUGGGGCCUGCCGGCCUCAACGGCAGCGUAGGCGACGUCGCCAACGGCGCCGCUGGCCUGUUCCUCCUGGGCCAGAUCAGGGAGAAGCAGUCGAGGGCGGAGCAGGCCAUAGAGUGCUAUGCGAAGAGCGUCGAGCUCUGCCCCUUCAUGUGGGAGGCCUACGAGCGGUGGUCGUGGCUGGUCCACGGCUCGGCCCUCGCCAACCGCGCCCUGGCCUCGAGCAUGGCCGCAAAGACGUUCACCGACGAGAGGCUCUCCCAGUCCGUCGCCGCCCUCGAGGGCCCGGCAGGGCAGCUGCCAGGCGCCCCGCACGGCAACGCCACCGCCUCCCAGCGCCUGAGCCUCCAUGCGGCCCCCGCGGCGCCGCUCCGCUCGUUCGUCCCCGCGCCCAGGAGCGACCGCGAGCAGCACCGCAGGGACAGGCACGGGGCCGCGGACGCUUCGGGCAGGCGGCCAGGCGGCGGCGGCGGCGCGGCGCAGCACGCGCAGGACGCGCGCGACCCAGCGCAAGGCAGGAGACAGGCGGCCGCAGGGGACCGCGGCGGCGGUCCUGACGGCGCGGAGGUAUCGCUAGCGGGGCUGCUCGGCAGGCUGGGCACCUGUUUGCACGCCAUGCACGGCUUCGAGACAAGGCAGGCGGUCCAGCUGCUGGGGGCCCUGCCUAGAAGGCACUACGAGACUGGCUACGUCCUCGACCUCGUGGGCAUCUGCCACCUCGAGUCCAGUGAGUAUGCGAUGGCCGAGCAGGCGUUCCAGCAGGCGCGGAGAAUAGAUCCGCGCCGCGUAGAGGGGCUUGAGUUCUACUCAACCACGCUGUGGCACCUGGGGCGGGAUCUGGAGCUGGGGCAUCUAGCACAGCAGUGCCUUCAUUGGGACCAGACGCGGCCGCAGGUCUGGUGCGUUGUGGGAAAUUGCUUCAGCCGCCAGAAGGAGCACGACGUCGCCAUUAAGUUCUUCAAGCGCGCUAUACAGUUAGACCCGUCCUUCACUUACGCCUACACUCUCUGUGGACAUGAAUUCGUGGCGAAUGAGAAGUUCGACAAGGCCGUUCCUAUGUACGAGCAGGCGGUCGGGCUCGAUCCGCGCCACUACAACGCGUGGUGGGGCCUCGGCAAUAUCUACCAACGGCAGGAAGAACAUGACAGCGCCCGAACUCACCUCAUGAAGGCGCUGGAGAUCAACAGAAACAAUUCGACGCUGCGUUGCUACCUCGGUAUGGUGCUGGACUCGUUGAACGAGCCGCUGCUGGCGCUCCAGAAUUUCGACAGGGCCGUACAGAUCGAGCCUCAGAACGGCAUGGCCCACUUCCACAAGGGGUGCGUGCUCAUGUCCGUGGAGAGAUACGAGGAUGCGCUGGCCGCCCUGAGGGAAGUCGUCGCCCUGGCGCCCAAGGAUUCGGCCGUGCACUUCCAGAUCGGCAAGGUGUACAUGAAGCUGCAGCAAGACCAGAACGCCCUAGUCCACUUCAACGCCGCCAUGGACCUCAACCGGGAUUCCAAGGAUUACCACAUCAUCAAAACGCACAUCGAGCAGUUGCACGUGCGCGGCGCCUCUGCGGCGCCCUCGGCGGCCGCCGCUGCACUGGUUGCCGGCUCCGCUGCUCCCACGGCCGCUCCCGCAGACCUCCCGCACCUGGCGCUGGAGGCCUCCGAGAGGGCGCCUGCGGUGCAGGCGCAGAUCAACAGCGUCCGCGCCCGCUUAUCGCAGUGCACAGACGCGGCGGAGGCCAACGCGCUUUCUUCGGCGCUGACGGGCCUCUACCAGGAGCUGGAGGGCGCGCGGCGCGGCGCGCGGCGGCACGCGGCCGCGUCGUCCUCCGCCGGCGCCCAGGAACGCCUGGAACGCCAGCAGUUCUUCCCCGCCGCCGCCGCCCACCCGCACGCCGGGCACGGCGUCCCCGCCGCCCUGCCCCACUUCGGCGGCGCCUCGCCGCAGCCCGCGCGGGCCGCUGGCGCCACCCGCUGGCCCGCGCACGCGCCCGCGGCGCACGCGCCCGCGGGCGGCUCGCCCGUGGGUCGGGGCGCGCCGGCGGCCGAGCCGCCGCGGACGCCGGCGGCGGCCGGCGGGGGCCCGCACGCAGCUGGUGGGCGCGGCCCGCCGCCGGUGGGUGGGCGCGGCGCGGCGGGCACGGAACGCCUGGAACGCCAGCAGUUCUUCCCCGCCGCCGCCGCCCACCCGCACGACCCAGACGCCUGCCUGGCUCGCACAGACUCCCCCGCCAGGCACGGCGUCCCCGCCGCCCUGCCCCACUUCGGCGGCGCCUCGCCGCAGCCCGCGCGGGCCGCUGGCGCCACCCGCUGGCCCGCGCACGCGCCCGCGGCGCACGCGCCCGCGGGCGGCUCGCCCGUGGGUCGGGGCGCGCCGGCGGCCGAGCCGCCGCGGACGCCGGCGGCGGCCGGCGGGGGCCCGCACGCAGCUGGUGGGCGCGGCCCGCCGCCGGUGGGUGGGCGCGGCGCGGCGGGCACGGCGGGCGCGGCAGGGAGGGGCGGCGCGGGCGGCCAGCAGCACACCACCUCGAUGGGCUCCAAGACGCUCGAGUACGCCAUGGCGCCGCACGUGCACCGAACGCCGACGAGCUCUACCAAGGGGCUGGCCAUCCACUCGGGCUGCUACCCUGUGGCGAGCUACCUCAGGGCGGGGCAGCACGGCGAGCACCCUGUCCGCCAGGUCGCCGUCGCCGCCUGCAACGGCACCGAGCACCUCUUCGGCAAGCUGCGGCCGCUCGGCGAGCCUCGCGGCACGGCCCUGAGCCCGCGGCACUGCUCCAGCAACAGCUGCCACACCGCGAGCACGCCGCUCACGCCGUGCCGCUGUGCUUCCACCUUGCGCCACGGGGCGUGCUCCGCAGCCAUCGCAGGCAUCGCAGCGGCCCAGCUCCAGCAACAGCAGGGCCUCGAUGGAGAGCUCCAGGCGCGCGGUAGGGUGCAGAGGCGAGAGGGGCGCAGAGGAGCGCAGCGGUGA